AUGUCGAGCACAUAUUACAAUGAGAUUUGGCAUCAAGUGCAGCAUGAAUUUGAGCUUCUCUCGACCAUCGACUAUGAACGUCAGCAUCAGGAUGUCGAGACUACGGUAGCCACCAUUAAUGCCGCCACUGGCUCUGUAGCUGCCGAGGCCGAUGCCAAAGCUGUGCUUCAGGACAGUCUUUACGAGUUCUAUUUACGUUACAUUUGCCUCUGCAAUCGCCUGGAGGAUGUCUAUGACAAGAUGAUUCAGCCACAGAAGCGGAUUUUGGUGCGCAAAUUACUGGACGCCUGUCUGGGACGUGUUGUGGAGCUAAAGCAUGAUCUGGUUAAUAUCGAUCUAAUGGAGUUUAGUUACAACGACGACGUGGUCGAACGUUUGCGUUUGACUCCCAUGGAGACGGAGUUGCGAAUACCGCGCUAUUUUUUAAGGGAACGUCAGGAGGAAUUGGAACAGCGUAACAAAACAAUGCAUGAAAUAUUGGUGAAGUUGGGCUGGUUGGAGGAGCAUCCGUUGGAUGAGCCUUUGACGACUGAAAUCGAGGCGAUUCGACUGCUGCAAAUGCAUGAGAGAGCACGGCAGGGUCGUCUGCGUGCACAUUUCAUGAAAGAGAUACGAAUGCUGAAAGAGAAGGGCAAGUCGGAGGAGCGUAGCGAAAAGGAACGCACAGAUUCGGGCCUCAUGGCGGCCAUGAAAAUACAGAAAAUGUGGCGUGGACAUACAGCACGACGAAUAACACGACGUCGCAAGAUGGAUGAGAUGAUUUUAAUUGGCAUGUUGCCGCCACCAGCGGCUGUGGUAAAAGAGCGUGCCGAGAAGCUGGAGAAGCUCAAUGAGCGUCGCUAUGUGGCGCAAAAAACCUAUGAAGCUCAAUAUGAAGCGCGCAUGCGCACAGUGCAGGAGGAGAUUAAGCAGAAACAUGGCGCCACUAUGAAAGAGGACAUAGCUGAUGAGAUACGUGCUUGGAUCAAGGACUGUUAUGACAAGACGGGAAAGUUGCCUGACUUUCCAUCAGAAGAUCAAGGCGGUUCUCUGCAUAUAUUCAGCAGACCAGGCACAGAGAGCGAGCACAGUCGCUCCUCAGCCCGUUCCUCAAAGGAGUCGCGCAAGACCAAGGAUAAGUCAAAGUCGCCGGCACGUAGCGGCGACCUAAACAUCAAUGAGAAUCAGGAGGAAGAUGUCAGCUUUCAACCGGCACCGUCCGUUUGUCUCCCCGACAUUAGAGCGGAAAUUGAACUUUUUAAUGAAACCUGGCGGGACAAAGACGAAGCUGGAGUCUUAAGUCAAGCUGCCUAUGAGGAUAUGAUUUACAAUGAGAAGUAUCAGGAAGUCGAGCUUGAAUUUCGACGUGCUGUGGACGAUGUGAUGCGCCAGGAACUCGAGCUAUUGCAAACCGCUGUAGGCAAAAAGAUUAAGAAGAGUAGCAAAAAGACGCGACGUUCGGGAAAAAAGAGCAAAAAGAAGAAGGAAAAGGAUUUGACACCAGAUCGCACCACAGAAUCUUUAUAUGAGGAGCUUGUUACCAAUGGUAUAAUACGCAAAUAUCCCGAAUUAAAACUAACCCAAUUUCUAGGCGACAAAGCGUUAACGGCACGCAACGGAAUAAAUCCUUCACCGGGCGAUAUACGCCAGAUUCUGACAGAAUACUGCAUUCUACCAUUGGGUUCUGAAGCGAUUCACAAUAACACACCACUGAUACGUUCUAUAUUGCUGGCUGGUCCUCGAGGAUCGGGCAAAAAAGCUCUGCUUCAUGCCAUUUGCACGGAGGUUGGCGCAGUGCUCUUCGAUCUGACACCAGCAAAUAUAGUGGGAAAAUAUCCGGGAAAAUCUGGCUUAAUUAUGCUGAUACAUCUGGUGUUGAAAGUGUCGCGUUUGCUGCAACCCGCUGUCAUAUACAUGGGUGAUGCAGAGCGACCCUUUAUGAAGAAGAUCCCAAAAACUGAUCGCACUGAUCCAAAACGUUUGAAAAAAGAUUUGCCGAAAUUGAUUAAGAAUAUACAGCCAGAGGACCGCGUAGUUUUUAUUGGAACUUCCAAUUUACCAUGGGAGGCGGAUCAGAAAAUGCUACAGCAAACAUAUAAUCGUUUUAUCUACAUACCUCGACCGGAUUAUGGCGUUAUGUCGUUUGCCUGGAAGACACUUUUGCACGAGUACUCCGGCGGUCUAUCAACCUUGGAUACGAGUGUGAUGGCUAAAAUAUCCGAUGGCUAUACAAUAGGUAGCAUUGAUGCUUGCCUCAAGGAGGUGAUGACGUGCAAGCGCAAGCUGCAGCUGCGCACUCAGCCCUUAACUCACGCGGAGCUAAUAAAUGUGCUUUGCGCACGCGACCCGGUUUACCGCGAGGAGGAGGAAGCUUUCGAAUCGUGGUGGUCGAAAACGCCACUCGGCCGGCGACGUCAACGAUAUCUAGAAUUGGAAGAAGAGCGCAUGUUAGAGGAGCAAGCCCAGGCAGCUAAACAGGGCAAUGGAAAUAAGAAGAAAGGAGCCAACUGA